GCUUCUAAUUGUAAUCCUGAUUUCCAGAACAAAUAUGAAAUUCCUGGUACUCACCCUUCUCGUUGCCGCGGCGUUCGCAAGCCCGGCACACCGCUUCGUCCAGCCUGGAGCGGCCGGCCCUGCUCCCGUCAUCAUGCCAGAAGGCGAGCCCAUCUCUAUCGGACCAGCUAUCAUCAACCCCGGGAUCAGCGGUGGUCCUGCCCCCAUCGAUAACUUCGAACCCAUCGCUAUCGGACCCGCUAUCAUCAAUGACCCAAUCGCACCUGCCCAAACUAAACCACUUGUACAAAUCAUCAUUAACAUCAACGAACAAGGACAAGUUGUCGGUUCCCCUGUUGUUGUGAAACCUGAAGAAGGCCCAGCACCAGUUGUCGUUGUUGAUGAGGCAGCUGAACCCGUGAUUGUUGUAGACGCUCCUCCCGCGGUGAUCGGUAACCCGGUGAUCCCAGCGCCCGUCAUCACCCUGCCCGAUGACCUUAAUUAAAAUGUAACUUUAUCUUGUAAAAAGUAAUCUACGUUCUAUACUAAUAAGUAAUAAAUCAAUUUUGCAGCA